CACAAUGCAUUUGUCAGUUGUAUUUUGCUAUUUGUGGUUUUAUGUGGUUCUCGUGACAGUUAAGCUAUGUAGUUUAAAAAAACUUUUCGUAUUUUGAUUUUAUUUUCAAAAUGUCUAGUUUUGGUUGGUCGUGUCCGUGUUGUUUGCGUUAUAAGUUCACUCCCGAAGAAAUGGAGCAACGGUACAAAAGCCAACAGAUCGACAAAAGUCUGGAGAGGGACAAACAGAUCUUAAAUAGGCAAGUGAAAAUCCUCCUACUUGGGGCUGGAGAGAGUGGAAAAUCCACUUUUCUUAAGCAAAUGAGGAUUAUCCACGGGGUGAAGUUCGAAAACCAACAAAUUCGCGAGUACCAACAAGUCAUUUAUCAAAAUGUGCUUAAGGGUAUGCAAGUUCUUGUUGAUGCAAGAAAUAAACUUGGUAUACCAUGGGAGGAAAACAAUAAUUUUGAUGUAGGAAAUCAACUUUUGCAGCAUAAGUUUCAUAAUAGUAUGAUAUUGGAUUCAAGGCAGUUCAUGCAGUAUGCUCCCCUACUUUCCAGAUUAUGGAAAGAUGGUGGUAUUCGCAGAGCUUUCGAUAGGCGAAGAGAAUUUCAAUUGAGUGAUUCUAUAGAGUAUUUUCUGAACAACCUGGAUCGAAUAGCGCUCCCGAACUACACGCCCACUCACAAAGACAUUCUUCACUGCAGAAAAGCAACGAAGGGGAUAACCGAGUUUCUCAUUCCCAUCAAUGGCAUCCCAUUCCUGUUUAUCGACGUUGGAGGACAGAGGUCUCAGCGGCAAAAGUGGUUUAAGUGUUUCGACUCUGUUACUUCCAUUUUGUUUUUAGUGUCUUCCUCCGAGUUUGAUCAGGUUUUAAUCGAGGAUAGAGAAACCAACAGGCUGGAAGAAGCACGAAACAUAUUCGACACAAUUGUAAAUAACAACAUAUUCAGUAAGGUUUCGAUAAUAUUAUUUUUAAAUAAAUACGACUUGUUAAAGAAAAAAGUGAAAAAUCCGGAAACGAAUAUCGCCUGGUACUUUCCGCAGUUUCGUGGCAACAGUCACGUGGUGGACGACGUGGAAAAUUUCAUUUUACAAAUGUUCACCAGCGUGAAGAGGGACCCCGCCAAAGCGAUUUAUCAUCAUUUUACCACCGCCGUAGAUACCGAGAACAUAAAAGUGGUAUUUUAUUCCGUUAAAGAUACCAUUCUUGACAGGAACCUGAGGAUUUUGUUGCUGCAAUGAAAAACGUUGCGUGUUAUCUACUUUGGGCUGUGUUAAAACAGAUCAGAAAAUGUAGGGCGUUUAUUAAUUGAGUGCCGAUUAUACAGGGUGUGAGUUCUUGGGUGAUUUUAAGAAGAAAAGUUAAUGUCAACGUAUGUUCUUAACCUAAUAAUUUAUGAGCUGUAGGGUUUUUAGAAAAAAAAUACUUUUUUAUCACUCUUAGAUAUUUUUAUAUAAAUUUCAUAUUCAGCGUCAUAUUUUGAAUGAAAAAAAUGGUAUCAUUUCUCUAAAAAUCAAAAUAAUUUUUUAACUUCAAAAAUCUCGUACGAAAACUAGAAUCGUCCGACGCACCGUUUUCCUGUAAAAGAAAUUAAGACCAAAAAUUUAUUUUUCUUUGGUUUAUUGAGGCUGCUUUUCAUAUUUGUUGAAAUUUCGUAGGCACCUACCAUAUGUAAAAACCAAGUAGAUACGUAUGGCAGAACGAUACUAGAUAUGUUUUCUUGGAACAAAGAUUAGUUUUUCUACUUUCAACAGAGACGUUUACAUAGGCCUGAUAUUGAAUGUUUGAUUAGGAAAGAAGAUCAACCAAAAAUAUAAUCUACUUUCGUACUUACAUUAACCAAAAAUUAAUAUAUAAACUGAUUUCAUUUUGCUACAAUAUUUUUUCCUGUUUUAAAUAUAUUUUUCGCAAACCACCUAAAUUAUAUGGUUAUCCAGAAUAAGUUUAUUAUACAGUACAAAUUCCCAAUUAAUUUUAACUUUUUUAUAAUAAUUAUGUGAUUCAGUAUAAUUUUUUGUAUAUUUAAACAAAACAACAAUAAUUGCUUAAUAUCUAAUACUUUGUUAGGACCACAGAGGAGAGAUGGUUUAUUAACAAUUCAAAUAGUAAAAUGACUAUUGAUUUUUGUUUGUCAUAUUUUUGGAGCAAAGGUCUGGAUACUACCUCUAAUCCUAAUAAAACAUAAAUACACUUUUUCACUAAAUAAUAAAAAUUAAAACUAUACCGGGUGUCUUAGGAAAGUGGUUCGCCCCUAUAACUUUUUUAAUUUUUAAGUUAAAAAAAUGAAAUUUGGUACGUGGAUGUAGCCCCCAAAUUGGGGUUGGCUGACGUUUUCAGUUGUUUUCUGCCACUUCCGGUUUAACCGGAAAUUACCCUAACUUUCUUAUUUUGAAUAGGAUUCAGUUUUUUUUACAUAUUUUGAUAGAAAAUGACAUUCUAGAAAAAUGAUACCCCAUAUGUUAACUUUUGACACCUAACCUUUAAAUUAUUUAAUUUUUUAUAUUUCAAUCUAGAGUGCCAUGAAUAAUUUAAAAUCGUUAAUUUUACAUCAAGUAGUUCUAGAAAAAUAUAAUGUUUUUCACAGCUUGCCUAGAUGCGUCUAAAGUUUACAAAAUCGUAUUUUCAAAUUUUUAUACCAAAUUAUUUGAAAAAAAAAACAUUUGUUAACUAUGGUAAUGAGCCACCCUAGUUCCAUUUGAAAAAAUGAGUCAGAGCCGAAAAUACGAUUUUGCAAACUUUAGACGCAUCUAGGAAAGCUGUGAAAAACAUUAUAUUUUUCUAGGACUACUUGAUGUAAAAUUAGCGAUUUUAAAUUAUUCAUGAUACUCUAGAUUGAAAUUUAAAGAAUUAAAUAAUUUAAAGGUUAGAUAUUAAAAAUUGUGUCAUUUUUCUUAGAUUAUCCAGGGAUAUCUAACCAUUUGGUCUGUGUUGUUAAAAGUCUUCGAUCAUUUUUAAUUUUCUGACGUAUUUUGCGCAAGUUUAAAACGUCUACAAGGUCUUGUUUAGUUCGUCUAUAAGUUUCUUGUUGUCCAAAUAUUCUACUACAAGUUCAGCAGCUUCUUAGCCUCUUAGUUGAUUACUAUUUUCAUUUCAACCGAGCUGAUUCAAAACUCGUUUGACAAUAUCGUCGUUGCCGAGGAGCUCAUAACCUGGCUCUUGUUUAUCACACUGUGUCUACCUCUCAACCUCAGUUUUAUCGAUUUCCUUACCUCUCACUAAUACAGUUAGUUUAGCUAUCGUAGUUCUUUAUCUUCCUCUAACGUCGUUUUAUAAAAAGCUCUUUUGAAAGUCAACUUUUUCACUCAGCAUGCAUUUGCCACUGUAAUAAUUGCGUCCUUAAGACUUUCCAAAACGUCAUCAGAUUAACUUUAUCCAACAACUUCUGACCUGUUUUAUCUCAAUACCCUGAUCUCAAUUAAUGACGGUGAUUAGUGAAAAAAAGAAUCUGAUGACGUAAUAAAUUUUCAUCAUCGGAUCUUAUGGCUGCCUCCUUGGGAUGAGAACUAGCAUUAUCCGGAAGAACAAGCACCUUUUGUGACAAUUUUUCCUUUUUUAAAUAAGACUGUCCUUUAGCAACAAACAACAUUGUUUUACCUUACUUGUAACUAAAGUUUUUUAGGUAUUGCUCACCAGUAUAACCCUCUUUUACUGUUUCAUCAGCGUUAUAAAUUGGAGAAAGUUAUUUUUUGUAUACGAUCUUCAGUUCAUAGCAAGAUUCCACCAGUACUUCUCCGUCGGUACUAAGUUGUUCGCCUUAAAGUAUAAACUCAUGAAUCCCGUGACGACCAAAGCAUUAGUGCAAAUUAUCAUCUUAUGCUUAGCACACGUUUUCUCAAGAGUAUGUUCUCCGAUUUAGACUGAGAUAAAAUAUUUUAGAUUCACUUUGUUUUUAUUAUUAUCGUGUAUAAUUGAGUUUUUGUUCAUGAAGAUUGAAUGAUUUCCAGGGUUGGGCUGGGUAUCGACAGCUCCAAGCACUGGCGCUAUCGAUAUUACAUCAUGCAUUGUGGUGACGAGAUUUCGAUAAAACAGCAAACAUGCAAUUUUAACAAUAGGAAAUAAGAGUGGUGUAUUGACGCGUUUGAUAAUACCUAUACUAUUAAAAAUUACUUACGGUACCAUUUUACCUUAAUGAUUAAAAAAUAUGUAAAAAAUUUCAUAAAAUAAAAAAGUGAUUUUCUUCUUAAAAUUUGAACACUCUGCAGCUCAAAAAUUAAGAAGUUCAUAUAAUAUGUUAACAUUGAAUUUGUUCUUAAAAUGGCCCAAGGAUUCAUUUCCUGUAUUAUCGGCAUUCAAUCGAGAAACACUCCGUAUAUUAGAGGGAAGACUGACUAAAGAUAAAAUAAGUUAGCUUUGUUCGUCCAGCGGUUUUAGGUUUACAAGCCUCGGAAGGGUCGUAGAGUACAAAAGAAAAGUCAUUUCGCAAGUCCCUUGGUUGUGAUUGAUUUAAGUAUAAUUUCCCAAAUUAUUUGAAGCGAAUUGGGAGACGCUUAAAUCAUAAAAAAAAUGUUGUAGCUAAAAAAAAAUCUUGUGAUCGUCUCGUUUUGUUUUUUUUUUUUUAAAUUAAAACUUGGGACAUAACAUUGAGGUUGGACCAGUUAGUGUAGGUUUCGUCGAAAUUGUUUUAGAGGUCACCGAAAAGUCAUAAAGCCAAAAAUUACGCAUUUAUUUAACACUUAAAACGUUUAAAUUAGGUUAAAAAUACAACUAUUGUUGCGGGAUUCUAUUUGCCAGUUUAAAUUUGUUAAAAACGAUUUAAUGCCUUAAUGGGAUAAAGAGGCUAGUGCUCGAAGCAGCUUGGUUGCCAAAAUGGUUAAUUUAGACUAGGAGAAUUGUCUAAUGUAGAAUAUUUUGAACAUUGCCGUAAUUUUUGUAUAAAUAGGGUCAAGUGGUCCAAAGUUUUAGAAAUAAUUUUUUAUUAUUUUAUUAAAAUACCUCGUUGCCAGACCUCCUUCCAGUGUAAAUCGGAAAUGGGUAUCCAUAUUUACAGUUUUAGAACUUUAUUUAAGUGAGGGGGUUAAAGCCAUAGAGGUGUCAAGGAUGAUUGUAUUUUUACAAUUUAGAGUUUUAACAAGGUUUUUUAGAGUUACUAUAAUACAUUUCUAAAAAAAGGCACUGUAUUACACUAUAAUUAAAUGUUGGUAAAAUACAGUUGUCUAAGGUCUAAAUUAAAUUAUAAAAAUUUAAUUAAAUCUUUAAUAAACUUUUAAAAGCCAUCAGCGUUUUAUUGGGUCAUAAUCGCUUUCGAAAAAAUAUUAAAUUUUGUAAUACAGGUUGAACCAGAAACAAGAAAAACACGUUUUCCAAUACAAUUUUCCUUAACAUAAUUAAAAUUCGUAAUAUCUUCUGUUCCGCCUUUAUAUUAUUACCAGGGUGAGAUUUUGAUGAAGAAAAUACCGAAUUCUUACAGUUUCCUCCUUUUUAAUGGAUAUGAAUACCAAAACCUACUAUCUUUUUACAGCAAUACACUUUCUUAAAUAUAUCUUUAUGACAUAAACCAAUAAUAGUUUAUUGCUUAGUAAUAUAACAUAGUACAAUGUAUGUUCCUAAAAAGUUUUAAUCGAUCUUGCAUGGAAUUUCAUUUAAAUCUGCCAUUUCCUUUAGUAUCACUGGACCCUAUUUGAACAAAAAUAUUCUCAAAACUAGAACUAUAUUUGGUAACAAAGCCUAACCAAAGAAUACCUUAUUUAAUACUAAUGUGUUCGAUAAAUUAGCUACAAUUUUCCAAUAAGGUUUCACAACUGCCAAUAAUACCAUGUGCCUACAGUUUUUUUUUAUGAAUAAAUAUUUUUUCUAACGUCAAUUUACAAAAAAAGUAUUUAUUAAUACAUUUAUAUAUUGUGAUAAAUAUCGGCAUGUUUGCUACUAUAUAUUUUUUUCCAAAAAAAUGUGUUUAUUAAAUAUUAAGUAUGUAUUUUGUACAUAGGUUGUAUAUACACUCUGUACAAAUAAUAUAUUGGAUCUUGUGUGGAUGUUAAUGUUAAAACCUUAUAAUAUUAUCAAAUGUUAUCCAUUUAUUUCCUCGAAGCGUGAAUGAUUUACGUGUAAAUGCAAAACUAAAUUACCUGCAGAAAAUAUGUUCAAAUAUAUCAAAUUCACAGGAAGCCUUUUGCUAGGCUGGGACAUAUGGGUUCUAAAAAUAUAUUUUAUUGUAAACAUAAAUCUUAUAUGCCUGUUUUACGUUCUUAUUAAUUACAACGGUUUUAUUUACUUCGCUUAGUUUGGUUUAUAGGGUGUAUAAGUGUAAUUUUAUUUCAAAAAUACAUUCUGAUCCUUUCAUUCUUAUAAGUCUGUUUAUCGUAUACAUGCAGGUUUUAUAUUGUACAAUUUUUAAGUUUGAAUUUAAACAGGUAAUUUAUUUAAUAAUAAAUAGUUAUUUUAUUGGUUGCUAAACGUCUUAUACAUUGUACAUUUUUUAAAUAAUUAAUGCACAUAGUAAAAAUAUACUGUAUCUUUAUUUUAGUUGUAUUUUGUUUAAAUAUUUUUUUGUAAUUGUUAAUAAAAAUUAUUGUAAAUGUAUAUGUA